UACCGAAAGUUUCAUUUUUUUAUAAAACCCCCAAUUUUUUACCCUUUUGCAUAUCUAUGCUAAAAAGCAUUCAUGGUUGGGUAUCAAUUGAUCCUAACCCACCGAUUCUGUUGAUUGGCAUUUCAAAUUCUUUCAAUUCAUUCUGUUGGGUAUCAAUUGAUCGGGAAAAGGAGCAGUUUUUCCCCAUUUUUAUUGGUAUUUUCGGCCGACCUAUAUUAGAGAAUCAUAUAAAUGUCUUCAAGAACAUUGAGGAGAAGGCUCCAUCAUGGAGAUGUUGAUGGCAAAAGGCAGGAGCAUUUGGAGGCUUCGGGGUUAGAUGCUUUGAGUGAGCCCUUGCUGGGGGGUGAUGAUUAUAUCGAGAAUAAGAAGAUAUGUACACUUGAAGAUAUUUGGGAUGACGAGAGGAAGAAGGCGCAGUUUCACUGGACAUUUUUAUUUUCAAACCUCAUAGCGCAAUGGGCACAGUGGUUAGCAAACAUUGUACUAGGGUCUGGAUCUCUUAUUGGGCGUCUUUUAUCUGUUUCUUCUACUGCUCUAUAUUUGCAAAAUAAUAGGAUGCUUCCCCAACCUCUUACCCCUCUGCAGGAAGAAAGACUAAGAAACUUACGGCAGCGGCUUGAAGUCCCCUUUGAUGGUUCUAAAACAGAGCACCAAGAUGCACUCAAACAAUUGUGGAAAUUAGCUUUUCCUGACAGGGAGAUUCCCCCACUUAAAUCAGACCUUUGGAAGGAAAUGGGAUGGCAAGGUUCAGACCCAUCAACAGAUUUUAGGGGUGGAGGAUAUAUAUCAUUAGAGAACCUCAUUUUUUUUGCACAGAAGUAUCCGGGUUCAUUCCAGCGGUUAUUGCAUAAACAAGAUGGAGCCAGAGCAGAGUGGGAAUAUCCAUUUGCAGUAGCUGGAAUCAAUAUUUCUUUUAUGUUGGCGCAGAUGCUGGAUCUUCAAGCAGGGUAUCCAUCUUCUUUGUCAGGAUUCCGUUUCCUGCAGCUGCUUGAGGAGGAUGAAAUGGCAUUCGACAUCCUUUAUUGUGUUGCCUAUCAAAUGAUGGAUGCUCAGUGGCUAGCAAAGCGUGCUACAUAUAUGGAAUUUAACGAUGUUUUGAAGUCCACAAGAACGCAGUUAGAGCGUGAGCUUGCUCUUGAAGACAUCUCCAGGGUGAAAGAUUUACCUUCUUACAACAUGUUGAGAGAUGAUUAGGAUGUUCAUCUAGUUUAACAUUUCUCUCUUCUUUUUUUGUUUGCGGAGAAUGUUAGAUAAAAUGUAUCUAAGGCAUUUGUCAUUUGAUCUAUGAAUAGAAACAUGAAAAUCAAAUGAAAAUGGGACCCUAAAUAUUAGAUCUUUGUAUUGUCCAUUAUCUCUUGUAUAUAAUCCAACCAAAUUGGAGGUAUAGUUUGCUAUUUGCUCCUUUCUAUAACAAUGAACUUAAGUACGACA